GAGAACGAAUAAAAUAAUAUAAACCUUGAAGAAAAUGGUACGCGUCAUUGUCAUCUGGCCUUAUAUGACUUUUGUGUCCAAGGAAGAUAUAUAGUAGUUAACAAGGAUAUGUAAGAAAAUUUUGUGUGAUUGAAUUUCGAUUGAUUGCGUAUAAUAAUCAGAGAAGAAAGUUCAAGGAAACGAUCACAAGCAUCAUAUCCAAAGGCUUUUGAACAGUUCCUUUAUCCAACUUCCAAGGCAUUCACUAAACAAUACAGUAUAUUCCCUCUGCAAACCAGAUCCAGCAGAUCAGAUUCAGAUUCUAAAAGCAAAACGCCACUUGAGAGGAGAGAUGUGGCUGCGCCGCUCACCAGUCAUUCCAAAAUUCGAAGCUCUGAGAAGAUCAACUCAGUGUCCAUGGAUGCUUUAUUCCUCCGCUUCUUAUUCAAAUACUCCAAUUAAGGAACCAAAGCUUGCUCCUCUGCAGGAGAGAAAGAUGAUAGACAAAUUCAGGCUUUGGGCUAAAGGAGGAGAUGGAGGCAAUGGGUGUUGUAGUGUUCGACGCAGUCGAAGCGAACGUCAAGGCACACCUGAUGGUGGAAGUGGUGGGAGAGGUGGUGAUGUGAUCCUAGAAUGCUCUCCUAAAGUUUGGGACUUCAGGAAUCUUCAACAUCAUAUGAAUGCAAAAAGAGGUGGACAUGGAGCGCCUAAAAACAUGAUAGGAAGCCGAGGCAUGGACAAGGUUGUUCUUGUACCUGUUGGUACUGUUAUUCAUCUUGUGGAUGGUGAAACUCCUGUUGCUGUUGAAAAUCGUUCAUUGAAGCCUUUGGAUCCCUGGGAAAUCCCUGGUGCGCUUGAGGUUAAUUCCACUGACUCCAAUCAGAUAACUAAAUCUAACUCCUCCAAUGCAGCAGAAGAUCUGAACAUAGAAGAAAUGGAUGUGUCAACGUCUACCUUUAAAAGAAGUAAUGGAAGCUCAACUAGCAUGAGUAAAACUUCGCACACUUCUUCCACUGAAUAUCGAACUGCAUCAUCUUAUAGUGCAUGCCAACCGAGCAUCAACAAGGAAGAACUUAUAUCCCAUAGCGAAAUUGGCGAGACUGAGAAUAAAGACCUAGAGAAUACUGAAAUUGAAACUGAAUUAGACGGAGAUAAUAUGGAAGAGCAAGUAGAAAUUCAGUACAAUGUUGCAGAACUAACAAAACAAGGCCAACGAGUUCUUGUUGCUCGUGGUGGAGAUGGUGGCCGAGGUAAUGUUUCUUUUGGGAAGCAUUCCAAGUUCAGGAGUAAAGUGUCAGAUGAUGAAGAUCAACCUUCACUGUCAAUUGGUUUGCCUGGUUCAGAAUCUGUGCUUGUCUUAGAAUUAAAGAGUAUUGCUGAUGUGGGUCUCGUUGGGAUGCCAAAUGCUGGUAAAAGUACACUUCUAGGGGCUAUAUCAAAGGCAAAACCUAAAGUAGGACAUUAUGCGUUUACAACUUUAAGGCCAAGUAUAGGAAAUUUGAACUACGAUGACUUCUUCUCAGUCACAGUGGCGGACAUUCCUGGAAUUAUAAAGGGAGCUCAUGAAAAUCGUGGACUUGGGCAUGCAUUUCUACGACACAUUGAGCGAACAAAAGUUCUUGCCUAUGUGGUAGACUUGGCAGCAGCACUAGAUGGUAAAAAAGGUAUACCUCCAUGGGAACAGCUUAGAGACUUAGUUUUAGAGCUUGAGUUUCACCGAGAGGGUUUAUCAGAUCGGCCAUCCUUGGUAGUGGCCAAUAAAAUCGACGAGGAUGGAACAGAGGAUGUUUUGGAGGAACUAAAGAUUAGAGUUCAAGGAGUGCCCAUUUUCCCUGUCUGUGCAGUCUUGGGAGAGGGUGUGCUUGAGCUAAAAGAUGGUCUAAGAUCACUUGUUAAUGGUGGAGAGUAUCAGAAGUUAGAGUUGGAUAAAAUUGAUGUCAAUGAGUAGGCUUUUAUAGGUAUCUUUUUUUUUUUGAAGCAUGUUUUAUAGGUAUCUGAUAGGGAACUGAUGACAUUCAUUUCAUAAAUUUUGCAGAACAAAUGUCUAUCUGAAAACUUCUUCCAGGUUUACCUUAUAUGUGGCAACUCUUGCAAGUGCAGAUUUGCUCAGUAAAGUGAUCAAUUUAUUUAGUACAUUAA